AUGUCUGCUACAAAAACAACCUCAAUUUUGUUACAUCGUCGCGAUAAAUCUUUUUCAAAAAUAAAAAAUUUAUGGCUCUAUAAGCCUUUAAUAGCUUAUAGCUAUAGGAAUAAAUACUUUCAAUUUGUUCGUCUAUCGAAAAAUUUAACGCUACUUUCGGAACGUCGACAAUUAAUAUUACAGAAUCAAUUCUUACAUAACAAUUUACGAUUGAAUAUUUCGAGAAAUUUCACAUCUGCAAAUGAAUUAAACAAAAUUCCAGAUUUAAAAGAAAUCAAUGAAAAUAUCCUUAUUAAUCAAGAAAUUAUCGAAGGAUUUCCUCAUCAGAAAGGAAAUAUCACAAAUGACGAAAAUAUCAGCCAGAUUGCAGAGCAAAAAUCAGUAGAGGAAAACAUCAAUAAAAACACAGAUCAUGAACAACAAUCAAGUGGGAAUAUUGGAGAGGAUCCUAAAGAUGAGCAGAAAACAGAGGAAGAAUCUAAUUCAAGUCAAGAGGAAUUUCCAGAUUUUUCAGUGUUUCAAACUGGUGAUAUGGUCAUCGUACGAGAUCCCGUGAGAAGAGGUCGUCGUGCAGAAAAUGUCAGAUUGGUGGGUCCGCUAACUCCCGGUGUAGUAAUUGCAAAUCAUGAAGGAAUUUUAACGCAUAAUCAAAUUAUUGGACAAAAAUCCCGGUCACUACUCAGGACGCAUAUUGGUAAAGGUUUUUUGGUUCAGAUUCCGACAUUAGACGAGUACACUUUAUUGAUGCGUCGACAUACUACACCUAUUUAUACCAAAGACGCAGCCGCUAUGGUAUCACUUUUAGAUCUACGUCCAUAUUCGUAUAUUCUUGAGGCAGGCUCGGGAAAUGGUUCUUUGACUCUUUACCUUGCACGCGCCUUAUAUCCAGCUGGAAGUGUACAUUCGAUCGAGAAGGAUCCUAAAUAUUUAAGAAGAGCAAAACUUAAUAUCGCAAAAUAUUGUCGUGGAAUGUAUUCGCCAUAUGUCACUUUUUCCGAGGGAACCAUCUCUCAAGUGCUCAAUUCUUUGCCUUCGGAUUCUCCAAAAUAUGAUGGAGUAGCAUUGGACAUGGCUGAACCAGAAAAAGAAUUACCAGCAAUUCUGAAUUGGUUAGAAAAUGAUCGUUUUAUUGUAUGUUGUUUGCCAAAUAUGACACAAGUGCUAAAAUUGCUGAUGGAAAUCAAGACCAAAGGAUACGAGCUUAGCACUGGAAAGAUUUUUGAAGCAACCUGGAAAAAUUGGGAUAUUCGACCAACUGUUAUCAAAGCGAAGCAAAAAGACAAGCAACUAGAGAAGAAAAAGCCUAAAUCAGGAAAUCCUAAACAAGUUGAAGAUGACGAAGAGGACAGUUACGAAAAUGCUAGUAAUGUGAAAGAUUAUGUUGAUGGCUCUCCUCCAGAGGAUGAGGAUGAAAAUGUUUGGAUAUGUAGACCUGAUCAUGCCCAAUCGCCGCAUUCAGCUUUUAUUGUACAAUUAAGAAAAACAGAUAAAAUAUCGGAUAUCGAUAUACCUUAUGAGAAAGUAGAAGAAAGCGAUAGUGAAAUAACGGAGGAUGAUUUAGAUGCUAUUUGGAAACCCUGA